AUGGGGAAGGGAGACACCCAGGAUCCAGUACCAACCACUUCCACUCCAGCCUACCGCUCCGUCAUGGAGGAGUACGGCUAUGAAGUGGGCAAGGCCAUUGGCAAUGGCUCCUAUGGGACAGUGUAUGAAGCUUAUUACACAAAGCAGAAGGUCAUGGUGGCUGUCAAGAUCAUUUCAAAGAAGAAGGCCUCUGAGGACUAUCUUAACAAGUUCCUGCCUCGUGAGAUACAGGUAAUGAAAGUCCUGCGGCACAAGAACCUCAUCAACUUCUACCAGGCCAUCGAGACCACGUCCCGUGUGUACAUAAUUCUGGAGCUGGCUCAGGGCGGCGAUGUCCUUGAAUGGGUCCAGCGCUACGGGGCCUGCUCUGAGCCCCUUGCGGGCAAGUGGUUCUCCCAGAUGACCCUGGGCAUCGCCUACCUGCACAGCAAGGGCAUUGUGCACCGGGACUUAAAGUUGGAGAACUUAUUGCUGGACAAGCGGGAGAAUGUGAAGAUAUCAGACUUUGGCUUUGCCAAGAUGGUACCUUCUAACUAUCCUGUGCGUAAUAGCCCUUCUUUACAACAAAGGGACUGUUUUACCCACCUCAGCCAGACCUACUGUGGCAGCUUUGCUUAUGCCUGCCCAGAGAUCUUGUUGGGCUUACCUUACAACCCUUUCCUGUCCGACACCUGGAGCAUGGGCGUCAUCCUCUACACUCUACUGGUUGCCCGCCUGCCCUUUGAUGACACCAAUCUCAAGAAGCUGCUGAAAGAGACUCAGAAGGAGGUCACUUUUCCACCUAAUUUGUCCAUCUCCCCGGAGUGCAAGAACCUGGUCUUCCAGACGCUACGUCAAGCCACCAAGCGUGCCACCAUCCUGGACAUCAUCAAGGACCCAUGGGUGAUCAAGUUCCAGCCUGAGCAACCCACCCAUGAGAUCAGGCUGCUCGAGGCCAUGUGCCAGCCGCUCAACACGGUGAAUUGUCCCGCACCCUUGGAAACCAAUAUGUGA